UGGGACUGUCGGUUGCGCUAGUCGUUAGUAAAGCAUCUGAAUAUACCAAACCAUGGAGGAGAGUCUGUGCGUUGUUGUGCUCCUUUUGUGUGGGACUCUGAUCCCCUUCGUGACCGCUGGUAAUGACUGUGAGGGCUACUUGGACGCCAAGAGCCAAUACCAAUCCAAGCAGUACUGUGGUAUACUCCAGGGGUGCUGUGGAACGUGUGAGAAUAGAUACUGCUGCAGCAAUGUCUACAAACAGAUGGGGACGUCUGAACAGAACAGCUGCUUUUUCAGUAGCAGCAUCAGCAGCAGCUCGUUCACCAUCUGGCCAUUCAUAGCCAUACCUGUCAUCUUGGUGAUUAUUAUCAUCUCUUGUUGCUGCUGUCCCUGCUGCUGCAUGUACAACAUGUGCCGGAAGCCCAGACCGGUGAUAGCCACGACCUCACACACCACAGUGGUGAACACCCAGUUCACCCAGCAACCUCAGCAGCCCGUCCAGCCCUACCAGGGUGGCCCCCAGUACCCAGCCUACCAGCCCGUACCCGUCCAGCCUGGGUAUGGGGCUCAGCCUCAACCCGGCUACGGAGGAGGGCAGCCCAUGCCCACAGCACUGGGCUACCAGGGACAGCCCUUCCAGCCAGGACCACCUCCCCCCUACCAAGAGACUGGUUCAGCCUAUCCUCCUGCUAUCCAAGUGCCUUAUAGUCAGGCUGGGUUCAGUCCAGGACAACCAUCUUACCCCUUCCAGCCUCCAGCCCAGCAGCCCGGCUACCCAGCCCAGCAGCCCAGCCACCCAGCCCAAGCUGGCGCGCCUCCCGCUCAGCCUGACUUCCUCUCUGCCCAGCCUGCCUACAACCCUGCCUUUGUCGACUCCCAACCUCCGAAGACUGGCUACUGAGUCAAUUCUCCAUCACUGUCUGAUGCAGUUCUCCCUCCCAUUCUCCAUCACUGUCUGAUGCAGUUCUCCCUCCCAUUCUCCAUCACUGUCUGAUGCAGUUCUCCCUCCAAUUCUCCAUCACCCACUGAUGCACUUCUCCCUCCCAUUCUCCAUCACCCACUGCCUGAAGCAGUUCUCUCCAUCACCCACAGGUCUCCCUCCCUCCCUCCCAUUCUCCAUCCACCCACAGGUCUCCCUCCCUCCCAUUCUCCAUCACCCACAGGUCUCCCUCCCUCCCAUUCUCCAUCACCCACAGGUCUCCCUCCCUCCCUCCCAUUCUCCAUCCACCCACAGGUCUCCCUCCCUCCCAUUCUCCAUUACCCACAGGUCUCCCUCCCUCCCAUUCUCCAUCACCCACAGGUCUCCCUCCCUCCCAUUCUCCAUCACCCACAGGUCUCCCUCCCUCCCAUUCUCCAUCACCCACAGGUCUCCCUCCCUCCCAAUCUCCAUCCACCCACAGGUCUCCCUCCAUCCCUCCACCCACAGGUCUCCCUCCCUCCCUCCACCCACAGGUCUCCCUCCCUCCCUCCACCCACAGGUCUCCCUCCCUCCCUCCACCCACAGGUCUCCCUCCCUCCCAUUCUCCAUCCACCCACUGUCUGAAGCAGUUCUCUCAUCACCCACAGGUCUCCCUCCCUCCCAUUCUCCAUCACCCACAGGUCUCCCUCCCUCCCAUUCUCCAUCACCCACAGGUCUCCCCCCCUCCCAUUCUCCAUCACCCACAGGUCUCCCUCCCUCCCAUUCUCCAUCCACCCACUUGUCUGAAGCAGUUCUCUCCAUCACCCACAGGUCUCCCUCCCGUUCCCCACCACCCCAAACAUGUCCCAUUCACUGAGCUUCUAGAGCUCACCUGGGAGAGAACUGAACUGGCUUGCAUCCCAAACAGCACUAUCCUGGUCAAACGUAGUGCACUAUCCUGGUCAAACGUAGUGCACUAUCCUGGUCAAACGUAGUGCACUACAUAGGGAAUAGGGUGCUGUUUGGGAUGAGUCCUAUACCUAGUUAGGGCCAGGUAUAUUAUUAUUACAGUCUUAAAGGGAAUCUUCAUGUAUUGCUGUUGCCUCGGUCUUCAUUGUGCAACUCAAACUGUGGUUUAAAACAUUUAAAACAUUUUGCACUGUAGUUGAAUGACGUAAAGUAGAAUCAAAAUGUCUGAAUCCUCAUUCACACAAUUAUGAAAUAUACCUAAAUCUAGUUUAGUGGUGAAACGGACGUCCUGUCUCGUACAGAAACAGUUGUGCCUUUUAAACUUUUUUUUUUUUACCAUAAAUUCUUUGUCCAACCAAAUUAUAUAUAUAUUUUUAAAUAAAACCAUCAGUGUAUGUGGUUUUCAGACACCGCUUUAAAAUGUCUCUGUCCCUAUGUAGGGCACUGCUUUUGUCCAGAGCCCAAUGAACUCAAAAGUAGUGCCCUAUGUAGGGAAUAGGGUGCCAUUUUGGACUGUUAAACCUCCACAAUAUGCUGUGAAAUCAUUCUGUACCAAGCCUUGCAGGUGAACCAAGCUGAAUGAAGCGCUUACCAGCCUUUAAAUGAAAUGUAAUGCUUUUUAAAAUGUUUUUUAAAAAAAAAUCUGAUUGACCUCUCCUCUGUUGACAAUGUUCCUGUCUGCAUCCCUAAUGGAUCCCUAUUCCCUAUAUAAGUGCACUACUUUUGAGUUCCUGUGGUCAAAGGGCAGUGCACUAUUUUGGGAGCCAGCCCUGGUCUUCCACACGGUAUCUGUGAAGUCGGGGGGGUCUGGAAAGGUCAGUGUAGAAAUAUACUGUGUAGAACAUGCAUGUGGUUGACAUGUUUGGAGUGAAGAAUCAUGUCGGCUGCUAUUGGUUGUAUUUCUGUCUGCGUGCAGUAUGCUGUUGCACUCUUUAUUUUUUACCCUCGUCGUUAGAACUUGUUGCCCGGGGGUUGUUUUGUCCGCGUCACACGUGUUUCUAUCCUGUGUCAGGGGUUUUCAACUCUGACCCUACGAGGGACGGAGACUGCUGGCUUUCUGUUCUACCUUUCUGUUCUACCUGAUCAUUAAGAAUCGGACCCACCUGGUGUCCCCAGGUCUAAAAAGCAGUCCCUGAUUUUAGAGGGGAACAAUGAAAACACAGUGGAACAGGCUUUGAGGUCCAGAGUUGAGUUUGAGAGCCCCCACAGUGGAUGUGUCAUAAUACCCAUAAAACCUAGCUGUCAAAACAGGGAAAUGGUUCCAAUCGUUCCCCCCUCCCCAUAGGCGAAUUUGGAAACACUUAGUGUUUACCCUGGCGUGACUCAGAUGGGUAUUAUGACUCAUGUUGUGACAGGAUACCAGCCUUCGUCUGUUGUUCAUGUGACUUCAGGUUGUGAGCACCUUCGUCAGCCAUAUCUGCUUUAGCGAGCUGCUUGUUCGAACUGAGUAAAUGACAUGCUGUAGUUUUUAAAAUGUUAUCAGGAAUAAAAUGCCACUUUUUUGCUACAAUGAUAAAUAAAUGUUUUUUUUUUUUCAA